AUGAGCAUUAUUCCGCUCUUCCCGUUGCCUUUCCGACCUCUCCCUCCCGCACUCGCCGCCGUCACAUCCGCUGUCAACGCCACGCUGCACAAUUCCGCACGUUCCGCUCGCAUUUCCGAAAAUUACGGAAGCCCGUCGUUGCCGAGUUUAUCGCCACGUCGGCACCUUGAGUGUGGUGGAUUCGUGCUUUGUCGUUUACCAGGAGCGUCGCGCUCGAGACUUCACUACUAUCAGACGCUGCGUAGUUCAGGCGCAACGGUCGGCAUUCACAAGGUUGUAACACCGGCGUCUUGCGUCUCGUCCCGGCCAAUUGCAUCUAGAGCAGGCAGCACCUUCGCAGCAACUUCCGGCUCCAUUUCAGCUACCAGUAGUGAUACGAAUAGUGCGGAGUUUGAAUCAGGUAGUACCUCGGCGGAAGUUGCGGCGGGGAUGGCGGCGGCGGCGGACGCGAAGGGUCGCGGCGGCGAGGGCAUCGCGAUCGUGUGGCUGCGCAGCGACCUGCGCGUGCACGACAACGAGGCGCUGCUGCGCGCGUGGCAGGCGGCGGCGAUCGCGGUGCCCGUGUACUGCUUCGACCCGCGCUGCUUCUCCACCACCCACAAUUUCGGCUUUCCGAAGACGGCAGCCCAACGUGCACGUUUCCUGCUGGAGAGCGUGGCGGACCUGAGGCAGCGCCUGCAGGGGAUGGGGUCGGAGCUGGUCGUGCGGGUGGGGCCGCCUGAAACGGUGCUGCCCGCCAUGGCGGCGGCUCUCAACGCGCAUCUGGUGGGCCCUGCAUGCUGUGGUGGCUCAGGCGGAAACAACAGACGAGGAGCUCAGGGUGGAGAGGAACCUCAAGCACGCACUAAACAAUGUGACUAUAACGAGGGCCACAGGAGGACCAACGGCGGCUCAAGAAAGACCCGCGGCAGAUACUGCCAACGGUCGCCGCCCGAAGCUGGAUCUGAUAUGGGGGCUGCCAUGUACCACGUGGAUGAUCUGCCAUUCGCUCCUGCCAACCUUCCUGACAUCUACACUCAGUUCCGGAAAGCGGUGGAAACCAAGGCCAAGGUCCGCCCUCCCCUAGCCAUGCCUGCCAGCCUCGGACCGUUCCUCUCUGCCAAAGCUGUUCACAGGAUCGGCGGUUUGGGCUCCCUGCCUUCUCUGGCAGACCUCGGGAUUGACGACCCGCCACCACAGGUGCCUCUGCUCUGGCUUUGCUCACUUUCGACUCAAGGGGUGUGCUACCCUUCAGGGGCGGGGAAACAGCAGCACUGGCUUGGGUGGAUUUUGAGGCGCCUCAAAAAGGGGCGGGGAAACAGCAGCACUGGCUCGGGUGGAGGAGUAUGUGUGGCAGCGGGAUUGGAUUACGGAGACCCCAGGGGCGUGCUGCCGUUCAGGGGCGGGGAGACAGCAGCACUGGCUCGGGUGGAGGAGUAUGUGUGGCAGAGGGAUUGCAUUAAAGAGUACAAGCUGACUCGCAACGGCAUGCUGGGGGCGGAUUACAGCACCAAGCUGUCUCCAUGGCUGGCGCAUGGGUGCAUCUCUGCUCGUUUCAUCCAUUCUGAGGUGCUGCGAUACGAGAAGGAGCGAGUCGCAAAUGAGUCCACAUACUGGGUGUUGUUUGAGCUUAUCUGGCGGGACUCUUCCGGUUUCUCUCCAUCAAGUGGGCCCCGCAGGCUGCAAUUUAACAGCCGAGACUGGUCCACAAACAGAGCUCUCUUUGAUGCGUGGCGGGAGGGACGGACAGGGUACCCUCUGGUGGACGCCAAUAUGAGGGAGCUCGCUGCCACGGGCUUCAUGUCCAACCGAGGCAGACAGAUAGUAUGCUCGUUCCUGGUGCGAGACAUGGGCAUGGACUGGCGUAUGGGUGCGGAGUGGUUUGAGUCGCUUCUUCUUGACCACGACCCUGCUUCUAACUACGGCAACUGGACCUAUGGCGCUGGUACGGUGGUGCUGGGGGUAGAAUGGUUUGAGUCGCUCCUCCUGGACCACGACCCUGCUUCCAACUAUGGCAACUGGACCUAUGGCGCUGGCAUGGCGCUGGUACAGUGGGUGUUUGUGCGGUGUUGGUACGGUGUUGGUACGGUGUUUGUGCGGUGUUGGUACGGUGUUGGUACGGUGUUUGUGCGGUGUUGGUACGGUGUUGGUACGGUGUUUGUGCGGUGUUGUGUUGGUACGGUGUUUGUGCGGUGUUGGUACGGUGUUGGUACGGUGUUGGUACGGUGUUGGUACGGUGUUGGUACGGUGUUGGUACGGUGUUGGUACGGUGUUGGUACGGUGUUUGUGCGGUGUUGGUACGGUUGGUACGGUGUUGGUACGGUGUUGGUACGGUGUUUGUGCGGUGUUGGUACGGUGUUGGUACGGUGUUGGUACGGUGUUGGUACGGUGUUUGUGCGGUGUUGGUACGGUGUUGGUACGGUGUUUGUGCGGUGUUGGUACGGUUGGUACGGUGUUGGUACGGUGUUGGUACGGUGUUGGUACGGUGUUGCUAUGGCGCUUGUACAGUGUGGCGAUGAGGCUGGGAUGGCACUGGUAGGGUGGUGGAACGGUGGUUUGUAUGGUGUGUCGCAUAUGUGGUAG